AUGAGGGCAAGAAGGCGUGGUCUCCACGCGAUAUUCACGUUCGAUAGCCCGUCCUCGUCCACCUCGAGGCCUUCUAGAUCAGCGCCUCACUAUAUUCUUUGGAGUCUUGUAUCCCCACAUUCAUAUAUCGCCUCCUCGUGGCCUCCGGGGACGAAAUUCGCAACCCGGGAUCCGAACAGAGACAACGCCACGGGCUCGAUAGAACAUUCCAAAAGGGUUUCUGUUACAUUUCGAAAUCGCCCAGCUGAGGUCUUGAAAGGCAGCCAUGGCUUGGAGAGUCUCAUGCAAUGGCGUUGGCGAGCCACGCGAGUUGCGCGCUCAAGAUUCGGCCGCGGAGAAAUUGGCAAUAAAUUACGCCGUAUGACAGACGAGAGAGGCACACACAUAACACGCACACACUUAGGGAAUACACGCACACUUGGCGGAUGA